AGGCGGCGGGCAUGGAGAAGGACAGCUACACCAUCGUGCACCUGGACCUGGCCUCCUGGACAGCGUCCGCCAGUUCGUGAAGAACGUGCGGCAGCUGGAGAUGCCCAUCGACGUGGUGGUCUGCAACGCCGCCGUGUACCAGCCCACCGCCAAGGAGCCGUCCUACACCGCCGACGGCUUCGAGAUGAGCGUCGGCGUCAACCACCUCGGCCACUUCCUCCUCGCCCGCGAGCUCCUCAGCGACCUCCAGUCCUCCGACUACCCCUCCAAGCGCCUCAUCAUCGUCGGCUCCAUCACCGGGAACACGAACACGCUGGCCGGGAACGUGCCGCCGAAGGCGAACCUGGGCGACCUGCGCGGGCUCGCCGGUGGACUGAACGGCGUGGGCAGCUCGGUGAUGAUCGACGGCGGGGAGUUCGACGGCGCCAAGGCGUACAAGGACAGCAAGGUGUGCAACAUGCUGACGAUGCAGGAGUUCCACCGCCGGUACCACGAGGAGACGGGCGUGACGUUCGCGUCUCUCUACCCGGGCUGCAUCGCCACCACGGGACUGUUCCGGGAGCACAUCCCGCUGUUCCGGCUGCUGUUCCCGCCGUUCCAGAAGUACAUCACCAAGGGCUACGUCUCCGAGGACGAGGCCGGGAAGCGGCUGGCGCAGGUGGUCAGCGACCCCAGCCUCACCAAGUCCGGCGUCUACUGGAGCUGGAACAAGAACUCGGCCUCCUUCGAGAACCAGCUCUCCGAGGAGGCCAGCGACGCCGAAAAGGCCAAGAAGCUCUGGGAGAUCAGCGAGAAGCUCGUCGGCUUGGCGUGAUGACGGCCUGAUGCGCAACCAUGGCUGGCGCCGGCAGUCGGUGACAGUUUUCCCCCCCUUACUAGGACACGUUUGUUAGUUGAUCUCAGACGAUGUGAGGAGCGCCCGUGUCAGAGUGCCGAAAACAAGAACAGAAGUGUGUACACGUGUACAAUAUGUGCUACUGCACCGUGAUGGUUUUUGCAGUGGACUGUAACUCUAGCCUUUUGCUCUGCUUUGGUAAUUAAUAAGUGGUGAGGGAUACGGUACC